AUGAUGAUCAUCGUAGUACAGACAACGAAAUAUACACGUGCACUGUGUAUGUGUCACAAUUUUGAGGAGAUGGCAACUGCUGUCGAAUGCAGAUGUUGUGUUCGUAUUGGCAGAGUGAAAGACAAGAUGGAAGAACAUAUGACUGAGACAGGAGAAGAACUUACAUGCAUUACCAAUCACCCAGGCUUCCCAACAGUUUGUCUGGACAGAUAUGUUCUAGAAACUGCAUAUCUUCAGUACCGAGACAGAUAUACAGCCUACCGACAGUUGGCAAGAUGGUGUUGGGGAUAUCUGGGGAAGGAAGUGCGCGUGGUUCUACCAUCGUAUGCAUUUGUUCGUAUCAGAAUAACUUUUCCAUCAGAUGACUAUGAGGGUUUUUAUUUCGCUGGAUAG